UAAUGGGUCGCGUAAUUCGUGCACAACGUAAGGGCGCCGGUUCCGUCUUCAAGGCGCACGUCAAGAAGCGCAAGGGAGCCGCCAAGCUGCGUUCCCUGGACUUCGCUGAGCGCUCCGGUUACAUUCGCGGCGUCGUCAAGGAUAUCGUGCACGAUCCCGGUCGUGGCGCUCCCUUGGCCGUCGUUCACUUCCGUGAUCCCUAUCGCUACAAGAUCCGCAAGGAGCUGUUCAUUGCCCCCGAGGGCAUGCACACUGGUCAGUUCGUGUACUGCGGCCGCAAGGCUACUCUGCAGAUUGGCAAUGUGAUGCCUUUGAGCCAGAUGCCCGAGGGUACCAUCAUCUGCAACCUGGAGGAGAAGACCGGUGAUCGUGGCCGUUUGGCGCGUACCUCUGGCAACUAUGCCACCGUUAUUGCCCACAACCCCGACACCAAGAAGACCCGUGUCAAGCUGCCCUCGGGCGCCAAGAAGGUUGUGCCAUCGGCCAAUCGUGCUAUGGUCGGCAUCGUUGCCGGCGGUGGUCGUAUCGACAAGCCCAUCCUGAAGGCCGGUCGUGCCUACCACAAGUACAAGGUGAAGCGCAACAGCUGGCCUAAGGUGCGUGGUGUUGCCAUGAACCCUGUGGAGCAUCCUCACGGUGGUGGUAACCAUCAACAUAUUGGUAAGGCCUCGACAGUCAAGCGUGGCACAUCCGCUGGUCGCAAGGUCGGUCUCAUCGCUGCCCGUCGUACCGGUAGGAUUCGUGGUGGCAAGGGCGACAGCAAGGACAAAUAAACAAUGCGCCGUCUUUAAUGAGAAGGAGGAGGAGGAGCAUGUUCCGUCUGAGAUCAGCGUAGUGUUGUGUGUUGCGCUCUUUGGUACAAUUAUGCUAAUGUGUAUGGAAAAUGUGUAUGUUAUCAUCAUGCAAACAAUAACGCGACGGAAUAAAAUUUAUUUCUAAACAAA